GAAACUGGGGCCGGGGGCGGGCGGUCUGAAAAACUGACAGAGCUAAGUCCCGGUCCCUCCAUUUCUGGCAGCUUUCAGAACGUCGACCCUAGUCUGACACUGACCCUGUCUUUUCGGACCACAGCACCAUGCCCAUGAUACUGGGUUACUGGGACAUCCGCGGGCUGGCCCAUGCCAUCCGCCUGCUGCUGGAAUACACAGACUCAAGCUAUGAGGAGAAGAGAUACACCAUGGGUGAUGCUCCCGACUAUGACCAAAGCCAAUGGCUGAACGAGAAAUUCAAGCUGGGCCUGGACUUUCCCAAUCUGCCAUAUUUAAUUGACGGGCCCCACAAGAUCACCCAGAGCAACGCCAUCCUGCGCUACCUUGGCCGCAAGCAUAACCUGUGUGGGGAGACAGAGGAGGAGAGAAUCCUUGUGGAUAUUUUGGAGAAUCAGCUAAUGGACAACCGCAUGAUGCUAGCCCGGCUUUGCUAUAACCCUGACUUUGAGAAGCUGAAGGCAGGCUACCUGGAGCAACUCCCGGGAAUGAUGAGGCUUUACUCCGAGUUCCUGGGCAAGCGGCCAUGGUUUGCAGGAGACAAGAUCACCUUCGUGGACUUCAUCGCUUAUGAUGUCCUGGAGAGGAACCAAGUGUUUGAACCCAAGUGCCUGGAUGCAUUCCCCAACCUGAAGGACUUCAUCUCCCGCUUUGAGGGCCUGAAGAAGAUCUCAGAAUACAUGAAGAGUAGCCGCUUCCUCCCGAGACCUGUGUUCACAAAGAUGGCCAUUUGGGGCAACAAGUAGAGCCUUGGCUGGGUGGGGUGUAUGAUUAUGUUGCCAGAUUUCUUUGGAUUGCAAGGAGCCCAGGGGAGCAGCCAGGGUCCCUGCAGCCCCAAAGCCACCCUUUCCUUCUCCUUUCUUUCCACCCCGCUCCAGACCCCAAGUUUCACAGUUAUCUCUAUUUUUUUUUUCUCAUCGAAUUCCUGUCCCACAUAGGCUCUGUAAACCAUCGCCACCCCUUUCCAUGAUCAAAGUACCCUUCUAAAGCUAAAGUGCCCUUUACAGGCUCAUGUGUUUGGAUACUUGGUUCCCAACUGAUGACCACUUUGGACAACUGUGGGGUCUCUGGCAGGUGUUGGGGGGGGGUCUAUCUGAGGGAGCCUAGGCUUUGACCAUGGUAGCCGCGCCCUUGUUCUGCGUGCUGUUUCUCUGAGCAAGCUGUGCUGCGACAGAAACAUUAUCGCUGCAUCUGUGACUCAGUCCUAUUGCCUGCCUUCCCUGCCCCUUUGAACUGUAGCUCCUGAACCAUGAACUGGAAUAAAUCAUUCCCCCCGC